AUGAUUGAACUUUCAGCCAAGUUAACCACAGGUACCGUUUAUUUAGCUGGAGAAGCAUUAGAAUGUUGCAUUACAUUUUGCCACACUACUCAACCAGAACACUGGAAUUCACAAAGCCACAGUGAUAUUUUGGAAAACCUAGCAUGGGCUUCAGCUCAAAUACACUGUUUCUAUUCAACUUCGGGUAACUCUAGUGAAAAAGCGGUUAGUGUAGAGAAGACAACUGCACUGGAAGUUACAUCAUGUGAUAUUGGGGAUGUUGUAUUCCAUACAAAACCAAAAAUAUUAUUUUGUGACCUAACUAUUCCACUUGGCGAAACCAAAACAUUUUGGUAUAGAGAAUCUUUGCCAAUUGAAGCUGCACCGUCGUACAGAGGGACAACAGUUAAAUAUUCAUACAAAAUAACAAUAGCAACACAAAAAGUUGGCUCACAUAUAAAGAUGAUGAGAAUACCAUUCAGAGUGUUGCCAAUAAGCCCCAUAAUCAAUAUGCAAGACUUAGCAGCACUUUGUGGUAAUGAGACAACUGAAGAGUUACAACCUACAAACCCAUUUUCAGAAGAGAGAAAAGUUGAGACACCAUUGACUAUGGCCCUACAAGUUUUACAGAAUCUUACAGCAAGAAGGAGUCCCAAUUCAUAUAUGAUAACCAAUACCCGUGGGAAAGUUGGUCGUUUCUGUUUAUUUAAAUCUGCUUACAAAUUGGGAGAAGACAUUGUUGGCACUUUUGAUUUCUCCGUCGGCACUGUGACAUGCAUGCAGGUUUCAGUAUCUUUGCAGCCCGAAGAAAUAAUAAAGUCUAAAUCACCAGCAAAGAAUGUAAAUAAAGAGUCCAGCAGUAGAUCAAUGACAGUGGCCCGGUUUCAUGAAGUGACACUCGGGUUAACGCAUUCUGAACUCAUUCUUCCAAUACCUCUACACAUCACUCCAGCAUUUGAUGUUAAUGAAGUGUCAUUAAGAUGGCGUCUUCACUUUGAAUUUGUGACUACAAAUGAAAACCUUUCCCCCAGUUCUGAAGAUAAUGAUUGGAAUGCUCCACUCAAUGUGCCCAUAGAAACUAUGGUCUGGAAUCUUCCAGUUAAAAUUUACUCUACAUUACCAAAGCAGAUAACGCAACAUUCAGUUGGCAAUGAUGCUUAUACAUUGUACAUUAAAUAG